GCUCUGCUUGGGGGACAGGUAUUGAUUCAGGUACUCAGACGUCAAACCAAAGGUAAUGAUGACCCCCUUGCUUCUGCUGUGUGUGUCCUUGCCCAUCAUCUCAGCAACAAUAUUUGAAAAACAUGAUGACUUGGACGGGACAUUGCGUGUCAGCAUCCCUAUGGAGUUGCCUCUCCGUCCUCUGCUGGGAGGUAAGGUAGUGGCACCGUGUUACUUCCAGGACAACACCGUCAACGACCCCGGAGCCCCAACUAUCGCCCCACUCUCCCACCGCAUCAAAUGGUCCUAUGUCACCAAGGAGAAAGUCACCACCAUCCUGGUGGCGUCAGAGGGAAAAGUUCAGGUGGAGACAGAGUAUUUGGACAGAGUGACGAUGGUUAACUAUCCCCUGGUGCCCACUGAUGCCACCAUGGAGAUAACAGAGCUGAGGUCCAAAGAUUCUGGCAUUUACCGCUGCGAGGUGACGCACGGCAUCGAGGAUAACUACGACUCUGUGGAGAUCCAAGUUCAGGGUAUUGUGUUCCACUACCGAGCCAUCUCCACCCGAUACACCUUGACGUUUGAAAAGGCCAAGGCAGCCUGUAUCCAGAACAGUGCCACCAUUGCCACUCCAGCCCAGCUGCAGGCUGCCUACGACGAUGGAUACCACCAGUGUGAUGCUGGUUGGCUCUCUGAUCAGACUGUUAGGUACCCCAUCCAUGAGCCCAGAGAGCGUUGCUAUGGAGACAAAGAGAACUUCCCCGGCGUGAGAACCUAUGGAGUGAGAGACGUCAAUGAGACCUACGACGUGUACUGUUUUGCUGAGAAGAUGUCAGGCAGAGUUUUCUACUCCACGUCUGUAGAGAAGUUUACUUUCUAUGAAGCAGGAGAUCAGUGUGCUAAACUCGGCGCCCGGCUCGCUACCACCGGAGAACUUUACCUGGCCUGGAAGGGUGGCAUGGAUGUGUGCAACGCUGGCUGGCUGGCAGACAGGAGCGUGCGCUACCCUAUUAACAUCGCCAGGCCUCAGUGUGGAGGGGGGCUUCUGGGAGUGAGGACGGUCUAUCUGUUCCCUAACCAGACAGGAUACCCCUACCCAGACACUCGCUACGAUGCUAUCUGCUUCCAGGCUGGUGAGGAUGAAGAUGUCGUGCCUGGGAGGACCACCCCUUUCCCAGACAUCAUCCACAUUACACCCGCUCCUGGGGUGUACCCAGGCCUCGCUCCCCCACGUCGGGGUGAAGAGAGCAGGCGUGGAGAAGUGGACGCACUUCCCCCAAUUCAUGUCCCACCCAGUGUGACAGACACGUUCACUAAAGUGACUCCACCUGUAGGUCAGCCUGGAUACCCUCUGACAGACAUUGAUGCUGCCAUGGGUCCCACAGGUGUGGUGUUCCACUACCGACCCAUCACUGGGCGGUACACUCUGACCUUUCUGGAAGCUUGUGAGGCCUGCCACAGCAUUGGGGCGGUCAUUGCCAGCCCCCAGCAGCUGCAGGCAGCCUUCGAGAAAGGCCUGCACCAGUGUGACGCCGGCUGGCUCCGUGACCAGACUGUCAGGUAUCCAAUCGUGUCACCCAGAGAAAACUGUGCAGGUAAUCUGCCAAACCUUCCAGGAGUCAGGUCCUAUGGCCUGAGACCAGCCAGUGAACGUUACGAUGUCUUUUGUUAUGUGGAUAGUCUGCAAGGUGAGGUCUUCUACACCAGCGACUAUGACAGCUUCUCCUAUGAGGAGGCUGUGCAGCACUGUCAGAAACUGAACACCACCCUGGCCACCACGGGACAGCUGUACGCUGCCUGGAAUCAAGGAUUUGACAAGUGUCGUCCAGGCUGGCUGAUGGACCGCAGUGUCCGCUACCCCAUCACAACGCCCAAGUCCCACUGUGGAGGAGGCCAGGUGGGGGUUCACAUUGUCUAUGCCUACCCCAACCAGACAGGAUUCCCAGAUGAGCACUCACGCUAUGACGCAUACUGUUUCAAAGCUGAAAUCCCAGUUGUUCGCAUUGAAAAUGAAACGAGUGUGAAACCAACAAUAGUGACAACAGUCACAGUUGCCCCUGUUGCUCCCACUGUUGAAACUACUGUUGCCUAUACUGAAACUGUGACUGAGACCAGUGUGAAUAUCACUGAAACAGAGGUGUUAAUCAACGAGACAAUCAUCACACCUCAGCAAGUUGCUCCUACUGUGGGAUCCAUUUUUCCCCUUUCACCCCCAGUCCCUGUUGAUGUGUCAGGCUCUGGUUCGGCUGAUCAUUCAGCCAGCGGGGAGAUCUCAGGAGAGUCUGGCACCUCCAGCACCAGUGGUGACGCCUCUGGUUCAGGACAUGAAAUCACAUUCAGUGGACACACUGACGUCUUCUCUGGAGACCAGUCUGCUUCCGGAGUUCCCCAGGAGGCAGAAGGAGGGAGUGCUGUUAUCUCCACAUCUGGAGACCUGGGUAGUGCUUCGGGAUCUGGGGAGGGGAUUGACGGACAACACUCUGGCUUCCCUGUGUCAGGAUCAGGUUUUAUCAGUGGAAGUGGGGACAUCAGUGGUAGCGGAGACUUGAUAAUCGUCAUGGUGGAUGGAAAGAUGGUGGAGAUUUCAAAAACCCACAGACAACCUGAUGAGUUAGGCAAGGGAGGCAUCGACAUGAUCGAAUCAAGUGCAUCCGGAUCGGGAAGUGCGUCUGGGUCAGGCUCUGGUGGAUUUUCUGGCAUCUCCUUUGUUGACCACAGUGCUGUUGACCUGACAGUUCAGCCAUCUGGUGAGCAGGAGGUGUCUGGAUAUCGUCCUUUUGGAUCAGGGUUCCACAGUGGUUUUCCAAGCGGUUUUCCAUCUGGUGUUUCAGGCAGCGGCUCUGCCUCUGGAGACUCUGUCCAGCAACGUGGCGAUGUCAUCUACAUAACAGAUGAUCAGAUGAUUGAAGUGACCGUGCCGCCACUGGUAAGCCACCCUCAGCAGGGCCGGGGGGUGGUAGAGGUAAGCGGGGCAGGAAGUGGGUCAGGGAUCCACCACGAAUUUAGUGGCACUUUGGAGCAUAGCUUGCAUUUCUCUGGAAGCGGAGCCGCACAUGAAAAACCCUCUGUUGAGGGGCUUUCGGUCGCCCUGCCACCCGGAUCUACGAUGACUUACUCAGAGUACAUUGCCAGUCUCAAUCAAUCAGGCCUCGGGGAGGGGGAACAGGAAGGCCACAGAGUUUAUGUUGUGACUCCGGACACAGCCUACACCAGCCCAACCACAGCACCAUCAGUGUCAUUAGCAGCCCCUGUUGUUGUGGAGCAGCCUGAAGUAGUGGAAGAGUCUGUAGACCCUUGUGAUCCAAACCCCUGUGGAUCAGGAUCCUGCUCUGUGCAGGGUGAGGUCGCUGUAUGUCAGUGUCCCAGCGGCUUCACCGGUGAAGACUGCUCGACACCGGUGCAGGGCUGUCCUGAAGGCUGGUUGGAGUUCAUGGGCAGCUGUUACCUUCACUUUGCGGAGAGAUAUACCUGGUCGGACGCUGAGCAGCGCUGUCAGGAGCUCAACGCUCACCUGGUCAGCAUCAGCUCUCAGGAGGAGCAGGAGUUUGUCAACUCCAAUGGUCAGGACUACCAGUGGAUUGGACUUAAUGACAAAGAUGUGCAGAAUGAGUUCCGCUGGACAGACAGCAGUCCUCUGACCUUUGAGAACUGGAGGCCCAACCAGCCUGAUAACUACUUCAACUCUGAGGAGGAUUGUGUGGUGAUGAUCUGGCAUGAGGGCGGACAGUGGAAUGACGUGCCCUGCAACUACCACCUUCCUUUCACCUGCAAGACUGGACCAGUCAUGUGCGGAGCUCCGCCUGAGGUGGAACAUGCCCGGCCAAUGGGCAGCAGCAGAGAGCGCUACCCCAUCAACUCUACAGUCCGCUACCAGUGUGAUGCAGGCUACACACAGCGCCACCUGCCUGUCAUACGCUGUAUGCCAGGUGGACAGUGGGGGGAACCACAAGUGGAAUGUAUAGAAGCCGGCGCCAGCAGUAACAGGCUACACAAAAGAUCCCUCAGGAGAAGAAGUAAAGGGGUCAGCAGCCAACAGGAACAGAGGAAGCUGCUCUGAGCAGAACUGAAAGGACAUACAGCAGAGAGCCACAAAGGACCCCUCUUGUAAAGAAGCAUGGACACCAAUGCAAAUGCCCGACCAAAAAGAUAACGUUCCCUCUCAUGUAUAUACACAUACUAAAGCACAUUUAGACAGUGGUAGUGUUUACUGACCGAUGAUUUGGAUGCUUGAGUGUCACUCUUCACCACCUGAAGGCAGUUUUUCUAUGUAUUUAGAGCAUCUAAUUUAUAGCUGUGAUCCAGUGUUUGGAAGCAUUAUCUCAAUGCACAAUUUUCUGCAGUCAGUCACCAGCCCUGCACACAAGGUAAGGUAGAUUAAAAACUGCCAAACAGAGAUAAAAGAGUGACACACAAAAUCCAAAACAGUCCAAUAAAAGUGUUUUCGAUUGCAGCUGGAUUCUCUGAAGUCAAACACAUUGUUACAUAGACUUUUGCUAUUUUUCUAGGGUAUUUUUCUAGAUCUGAUAGUUUUUUUUUAAAAUUUCUUUUAUUUGGUCUUAGACUACGACUGUGUGCUUCAGACUGGAGAAGGAAAAAAACAGUUUCUUACAUUAUAGGUCAAGACAGUGAUUCUCAAGCUUUUUGGUUGUGACUCCUUAAAUAACGGCCAUGAGUACAUGUUACCGCUCUUACUGAGAAUAUGGAGAAUGGUGAAGUUGGCAUUAGGUGUACUUGAAUAUCAAAGGAGCCCUUGAGGCUUACAGUAAUUAAGUAUUUCAUAAAAGCCCAAAUCUGAGCGAAAGCAGAAGUAAAAUAUAGAAACUGUUUUUUAAAUCCAUAAACUAUAUUUCAGGAAACCCACACCUUCUUGUCACAACCUCAGGUUUGAGAACCACUGUGCAACACCACCACCACCACAGCAUCAGAUGUACUGAAACGAUUGUGCUGUUCCAUUUGAUGAUAAAUAGAAGUCCAAGUUUAAGACGUGAUUAAAGUCACUGCAACAAACCUGGAUUAAAACAGUCAGCACUCAUGCACUUUUGGGAGUCUUCAGUCACGUCCGUGCUAAUCAUUUAAAUCCAGUGCACCUUAAACAAGACAGUAAACAGUAAAAAUAAAUAAAAAAGAACAAAACAUUUUUUUAAAAAUCCUCAUCUGUAGCUGACACGUGGCAAGGAAACUGUACUGAGUUAAUAAGCGAGAUCUACAGUAUGACUCUGAACUGGCUGGCUUUGUUUUAUUUUUUUAUUUUUGCCAGGAGGGGCCUUCAGGAUGGUGCAAAACUCCACCUCUAAGGUUAUUUGAUGUUGCAAAAGAUGCACAUCCGGUUUUUUGAGGCUUUGGUUUAUUUUUGUGAGUUCUCAAGAGUAAUCCAUGAUGUGAGAAUCACAGGUUCUCACUGUAAAUACUCUCACAAUUCUCCGAACAGCAGGAUCUGUCAAUAACUUACACAGAGCAGACAAUUUUUUAGAUUACUUCAUUAUCAACCUGUUUGUUGAUUUGUUGGUUUGAUUAACUGUGACGUUGCAGUUAUGAGUUGCCAAUCAAAUGGGCAUGACUGAUUUAACAGCCAGAUGUACAGAAGAAGACACAACAGGGUCUUAUUGACAGAAAUGUUCUUGAGUAACAAACAUGAUUUUAGGGAAAAGAAGCUGUGAAAGCAGCACUUUUUAGGAGGGAUGAGAAAGGGGAUGGAGAAUGGUUGAGGUGGAAGAGGAGGUUAUAAAAUGUUGACCAUGACCUUUUAAGGUCAAGAUUAGCUUCAACUCUGAGAGCAGAUACUCGUGUCCAUAUCUGACUUCUUGCAGAGCCGCUCGCAAACACUGAAACAGCAACCGCACACACAGCAAACAACAACAGAAUACAAAAGUGGAUUUUUUUUUUAACAAGUAAAAACAUUAUUUGCUGGAAUCUUUUGACAAUGUGCUCAUAUUUCAGCAUGAGUUAAACAUUUGAGCAAUUAUGUGGAAAACAGCUGAAGAAAAAUCAAUGACCUAAAUAAAAGUAUGGGUCUAAAUCAGUGUUUGUAAUCUCUUCAACAAACUGAAAUAUCUUUUAACAGAUAAACCAAAAUAUGUGUAAUGUUGCACACAGACAUAACUUCUGUUGUGACUUUGUUCAGAUCCCGAAUCCUGAUGUGAACACACAGUAUACUUGUACUGUGCCCUACCAAAUAAAACUUGGAAUCAUC